CCAGGGCGGGGCCAGGAAGAAGAGUUGUUUUCAGCCCUGGCCGGGGACGACGAGCUCAGCGCUGGAAACGAAACGAAGGCGACCGCAGCCGUUGGAGGCCGAGCACGUGCUGGACGCCCCCCGCAGCAGCAGGGAAGGCUGGUUUGCGACAAGCCGCACUCCGGGGCAGGAGACCCCGUGGCUGGCAACAUCAGCAGGACCUGGACGGGGGGCAAGAGGCUGGUCCUUCGGCUCCCAGGGUCAUGGCAUCCGCACUGUUGGGUAGCGGUGACCCGACUCGGCCAACGUAUGACGUGGACUUCUCGGAAGCCAUCAACCAGAGAAUGCAGGUCCCCGUCCGGCUUAAGGUGGCGGGGGGUCCGGACCUGGAGGACCCCCAGGAGACAGGUGGAGACCUACCUCCGUCCUUCCACAUGCACAUCCCCGACAGGAUCUCCUUGGCAGAGGCUACUGAGGGCAGCCUGCGGCCCUUCUUCCGACAGAACUCUGACUCUAUGAGCCCCGCUGUGCCGGUUGAUGUUUCAGGGCGGUUGACGACCCUCGUCAGAGCUGGGACUGCAGUGUCCAGGAGAGUGGUCCCCCCGGCCCCAACAGGCCGACUUCAGAGGGAACGGGCUCCUGGUGAGGACUCCCGGCUUCUCCUCAGAAGAGCGCAGAGUGGCCGUGAUCGUCCAUUUCUGCUGCCACUGCGCUGUUUGGAACUGAGUUUGAGACAAUAUGUUAUGAGUCUGUGGGUUCAGUGUCCCUCCUCAACUUCCAGGCCAAAGAGGGGCUCCAGCCCUGCCCCUGUCUGCCCUCCCAUCAUGCAGGGGAACAGGAUCUUCUGCCUGCAGAACGUCUUCCAGACGGUGUGGUUCCUGGGCAGCCUCCUCUCUCACCGUCUUCAGGCAUCUCUCAUGCCCCAGGCCCAACCCAGCUCUCAGGAUCCGGGCCCAGUCCUGGAGGCCUCCUUGGAGGACAUGGGUGGGUCAGAGAUCAUGGCAAUGAAAAAGCAGCUGUACAAGAUCUCUAGGAGGCUGCAGUCUCUGGAGGAGCAGUGCACUGGCUGGAAGCAGAAAGAACUACUGCUCUACUCCAUGCUGGUCUCUGCCUGCGUCAUCAACACGUGGCUUUGGAUGAGGAGAUAGACAGUAGCUGCUCCCCCCGUCUCCCCUCCCACUUCAGCACUUCUCCCUGCCCCAGAAGAACACACGGGUCAAGAUUUGGGGACAAUGCUUUUCAUGGACUUUUGCUUCAAAGACUGAAACUAGAUCACUCCAAUCUCCAGACUGAUGACUCCAGGAAGUCACCUCCCCCAUGGCCUUUUUCUGGGACAGGGUGGACCUAAAAUGUAAGGGAGGGAAUGGAGGAGGGGUGCCACACUGCAUCCUAGGUAAGGGGGUGUGGAGGGGGUUUGAGGAGGGCAAGGGAAGGAGGUGUACUAGUUACCAUGACAACUUGGAUCCUGAAAAUAUUUGCCCGUCAUGCCAACGUACCUCUGUUCCUCUGAGCCAGAACUGGUCAGAUUGGUUAGGUUAGGGACUUUGCCUGUGUAGUUUCAAGGGAGAGCUCCAGUUAGGCAGCGGCAAAGUUAGAAAAUGGUGUGGGUGCUGGUGUUGAACGAGAGCUGUGGUGGGUGCAAUGGAGAGCAUUUGGGUUAUAGAACAGGAGCCCAGGGCAUUUUGCUUGCUGGACAGCCAAGUAGUUGUUUUAGGGAGGGUGUCUGCUGAGCCAAACCCUCCCCAACGCACUAUUCCUUUGUGUGAAGAGGUAAGUGCUACCCUUGGCUGGUCUACCUGAAGCAAGCCACAUCGGAGGGGUGGAAUCCUUGGCGUCCCAUUCCGACAAGCAUUCCGGGAUCCUUUGGGCUGACGACAAAUGACCGCUAUGAGGGUUAUGGAGCCCUCUAGCUAGACAUGGGAUUGGAAUUUGGACCUCAAGGGAGAUUUUUGGAAGAACCUCAUGGAACUGAGAGAGAACUGGGCUACCUUGAUUCUUCUCUGUGUGUCGCUUCAAAAUGCUUUUCACAUCGUUCUCUGUGAUUUUUCUAUGACCGCUGAAUCCCCAAAGGAUUCAGGCCAAAUAUUCUGCCUCAUGACUGGGUGAAAGCAGUCAUGUGGUGAGCCAACACCUAUCUAUUGUUUACCUAUUCUACUGUAGACCCCUGAUAUCAAGGUUUAGAAUGAAGAAUGGUUAGAAUGGGCUAGGGAACCUAUUCACUGAUGUAAGUCCCUGCAUCUUGAUUAGAACUAUAGAACCAUGGAAUGCCUGCUUCCACUGAGAAUUCUCCUUAUUAAUCUCUGCUUCCUGAAUGGACAUGAACAGUGAUUUGUUUACCUUCCUUCAUCUCCACUCUAGAAUGUUUAACUGGGCUAUUGGGUUUACAUGUAAGGAACUAGUGACUUUCAAAUUGCAUGUAACAAUAAUGAUAUUGUUAUUAAUCGUGAAUUAAUCAAGGCAAUAGGAAGACUUUGCACUUUACAGACUUUCCUCUUAAACCAUCAGGCUUCUUGAGGACCACAUAAAUAUUUUCCCCAUCUUCUCUGUGUGUAAGUCCAAAAUGCUUUUCACAUGGUUUUCUGUGAUUUUUCUGUGUCCACUGAAUCCCCAAAGGAUGCAGGCCAAAUAGUUUGCCCCAUGAUGGUAUGAAAGCAGUCAUAAAGUACCAUUACCUUCCUCAAGCCCAUUAGUAAGACAGGGGUAGAAUAAAGCCUCAGAUAUUGAAUUUGAUGCUCGGAUGCCUGUUUCAUCCUCCCUCUCUUCCCAUCCAUCAAGAUUGAUUUUGGCAGAAGUCAAUAUCUCUAUAUUGUUCAGCCAGUAAUGAAAUUGUCUUGUGUAUGUGUGUGUGUAUGAAAAUCUGCUCUCGGCUUGAGUAUUGCUAGAGAUUGAUUUGUUUGUUUUCUGAUGGUUCCCUGCUAGCACAUAACUGAAGACAUUUCCCAUGAGGAUUUGAGAGUGAAUAGUUAUCCCAUUUCUAAAAAAUGAAUUGAGUUGCCUGGUAAGAAUGGGAGGUCAGCUACUGAAUAUACCACCACUAAUUACUGGCCAGUUUCCACCGCAAGUGUCAAUCUGUCAUAUUGUAUUUUGUACAAGGCUCAUGCCCUGGGGAACCUGUUUUUACAAACAUUGAGAUACCAAUAAAUAAAAAGGAAAUGUACCAGAAACAUCAUACCCUGGG